CACCGCUCUUCCACGGACGUUUGGCUAAAGAAUUGUGAUAACUCCAAAUAACAGGAGGGUUUUCGUUUUUAAAAAUGCUGCCAGGAGCAAACUUCAUGGUUGAGCCCCACACUCUGAAGCACGCACUUUGGCUCUUCUGCAGGUGUAUGUGUAAUUCAGAUCUUACGUAUUUUGCACCUCCGCUCUCAGGAAACUAAGCGUCUAUGACCCUAACAGACGGUCAAGCCACCCGUUCAAUUGAAUGUAAACCAAGAUGAAAACCAGAGGGCUUCAGUUCGAGUAUCAUUUCAUUUGGGGGCUGUUUAUUCUCUGUAAUUAAUUUGCUGGGACUAGUUAGUUGCUUGUGCGUUGGAUUCUAUUUUUAUUAUAAUUCCAAUGAGCAAUUCUGGUGUGUGAUUUUUAUAACCAAUGUCUCUGUCAUUCAUUUCACUGUGAAAAGACAGCGGACAGGGUCUCAUGCCACCCGUGAACCUGGUCGAGACGUCAGGAUAAUGGGUUGGCUCCAGAAUAUAAGGAAGGGGAGGACAAAUGAAAUCCUCCUGCCAGCAGAAACACUUUAAUCAACUUUUCUUUGGCCUGUGAUGGAAAGCUGUUGUGAAAAUUAGGAGAGCCCGGUCCCUCAGAGGACGCAGCUUCUGUCGUAGAGACCCAACAUGGGACACGCAUCUACCGAGCCAGGUCCUAGUUUUCCGGACUUUCAUAGUUGCAGAGUAGAAGCCUUUGCUCUACUCACUGCCACUCUGGCUGAUUAUACAUAAUUACAUGACAAUUUGAAUGAUCUCAUUACCCUUUCCAACUGGCUUCUUAUGGGGGACUAAUUUGUUCCCAAAGUGUUGAACUUCAGAGGACCUGCCGGCUUUGGGGGAAUUCUCACCCAACUCAGAACUGUUGAUGUUAUAUGAAUUUGUCCUGUGAUGGUUGCGGUGUGUCUUGGGAUUUGCCACCAAACACACCUGGUGUUCUAUUUACUCUGGCAAGCUGGGGAUUUUUUUCUUUUUCUUUUUAAAAUUCCAGGAUGAAUUAUUCAUCAUUACUUAGAAUUUGGGUCUCUUUCAUCUUCGCACUUGUACGGCACCAAGCCCAGCCCAGGGAGCUCAUGUAUCCAUUCUGGCAGAAUGACACCAAAACCCCCAAAGUAGACGAUGGAAGCUCCUCGGAAAUUAAGUUGGCCAUCCCUGUUUUCUUCUUUGGCAUUCCUUACCGAACUGUCUAUGUCAAUAACAACGGAGUUGUUUCCUUCAAUGUGCUAGUAAGCCAGUUCACGCCAGAAUCCUUUCCCCUGACAGAUGGGAGGGCCUUCAUUGCCCCAUUUUGGGCAGAUGUGCACAAUGGAAUUCGAGGCGAGAUCUAUUACAGAGAGACCAUGGAUCCUGCCAUCUUGAAAAGAGCUACCAAGGACAUCAGGAAGUACUUCAAAGACAUGGGAACCUUCUCUGCCACUUGGGUUUUCAUUGUGACAUGGGAGGAAGUCACGUUUUAUGGAGGGAGCAGCACCACACCUGUGAACACCUUCCAGGCUGUCCUGGUGUCUGAUGGCUCCUAUACAUUCACGCUCUUCAAUUAUUACGAAAUUAACUGGACCACUGGAACUGCGAGUGGUGGGGAUCCCCUGACGGGUCUUGGUGGAGUGAUGGCACAGGCAGGAUUUAAUGGUGGAAACCUCACCAAUUUCUUCAGCCUCCCGGGGUCCAGAACCCCUGACAUUGUGAAUAUUCAAGAGACCACAAACGUCAACGUUCCAGGCCGCUGGGCGUUUAAAGUUGAUGGGAAGGAAAUUGACCCAGCCAAUGGCUGCACCUCCAGAGGACAGUUCCUUCGUCGAGGAGAGGUAUUCUGGGAUGACCUGAACUGCACCAUCAAGUGCCGCUGUCUGGAUUUCAACAAUGAGAUCUACUGCCAGGAGGCCUCUUGUAGCCCCUAUGAGAUGUGUGAACCCAAAGGGAAAUUCUUCUACUGCAGCCCUGUGGAGACCAGCACAUGUGUGGUGUUUGGGGAACCGCACUACCACACUUUUGAUGGCUUCCUCUUCCACUUCCAAGGCUCCUGUGCCUACCUGUUGGCCCGACAGUGCUUACAGACUUCUAGCCUCCCCUUCUUUAGCGUGGAGGCCAAGAAUGAACACCGGAGUGGCUCGGCUGUCUCCUGGGUAAAGGAGCUCUCUGUGGAGGUGAAUGGCUACAAGGUUCUCAUCCCCAAAGGAAGCUAUGGGAAAGUCAAGGUUAAUGACCUAGUGACUUCUCUGCCCGUCACCUUAGAAUUGGGGGCGGUGAAAAUCUACCAGAGUGGCAUGUCUACUGCUGUGGAAACGGAUUUUGGGCUCUUAGUGACGUUUGACGGCCAGCACUAUGCCUCCAUUUCCAUCCCAGGCUCCUAUAUAAACUCCACUUGUGGGCUCUGUGGAAACUACAAUAAAAACCCACUGGAUGACUUCCUCCGCCCCGAUGGCAGGCCAGCCAUGUCUGUGCUGGACCUCGGAGAGAGCUGGCGUGUCUACCACCCCGACUGGAAGUGCGACUCCGGCUGUGUGGACAACUGCACCCAGUGUGAUGCUGCCACCGAGGCCGUCUACUUCGGCUCCGACUACUGUGGCUUCCUCAACAAGACGGAUAGCCCCCUGUGGGAGUGCGGUACCGUGGUGGACCCCACAGCCUUCAUCCACAGCUGUGUGUAUGACCUGUGCAGUGUGCAGGACAAUGGCACCCUCCUCUGUCAAGCCAUCCAGGCCUACGCCCUGGUGUGCCAAGCCCUCGGCAUUGCAAUUGGAGACUGGCGAAUCCAGACUGGGUGUGUGUCCACCGUGCAGUGCCCAAGCUUCAGCCACUAUUCCGUGUGCACCAGCAGCUGCCCCAACACGUGCUCGGAUCUGACGGCCUCUCAGAACUGCCCAACCCCCUGCACUGAGGGCUGUGAGUGCAACGAAGGCUUUGUCCUCAGCACCAGCCAGUGCGUCCCCCUGCACAAGUGCGGCUGCGACUUCGACGGCCACUACUACACCAUGGGGGAGUUCUUCUGGGCCACGGCCAACUGCACCGUGCAGUGCCUGUGCGAGGAGGGCGGAGACGUCUACUGCUUCAACAAGACCUGCCGCAGCGGCGAGGUGUGCGCGGUGGAGGAUGGCUACCAGGGCUGCUUCCCCUCGCGGGAGACCGUGUGCCUGCUCAGCCAGAACCAGGUGCUGCACACCUUCGAUGGCGUUGCCUACUCCUUCCCCUCGGAGUUCUCCUACACCCUCCUGAAGACCUGCCCCGACCGGCCAGAGUACUUAGAAAUCGACAUCAACAAAAAGAAGCCUGACGCAGGGCUUGCUUGGCUACGAGGCCUUCGGAUCCUCGUGGCUGACCAGGAGGUCAAGAUAGGCGGAGUCGGGGCUUCAGAAGUCAAGUUGAAUAGUCAGGAGGUGGAAUUACCUUUUUUCCAUCCUUCGGGGAAGCUGGAAAUUUAUCGAAACAAAAACAGCACCACGGUGGAGUCCAAGGGCGUUGUGACGGUGCAGUACGCAGACACAGGCCUGUUGUACAUCCGGCUGUCCACUACCUACUUCGAUUGCACUGGAGGGCUGUGCGGCUUCUUCAACGCAAAUGCCAGUGAUGAGUUCUGUCUCCCCAACGGCAAGUGCACAGACAACCUAGCAGCGUUCCUGGAAAGCUGGACAACCUUCGAGGAGAUCUGCAACGGGGAGUGCGGGGACCUGCUGAAGGCUUGCAGCAACGACUCAGAGCUGCUCAAGUUUUAUCGGAGCCGUUCCAGGUGCGGCAUCAUCAACGACCCCUCCAACAGCUCCUUCCUGGAAUGCCACGGUGUGGUCAAUGUCACUGCCUACUAUCGCACCUGCCUCUUCCGCCUGUGCCAAAGUGGGGGCAACGAGUCGGAACUCUGUGACUCUGUGGCUCGCUAUGCCGGUGCUUGCAAGAAUGCUGAUGUGGAGGUGGGCCCCUGGCGAACCUAUGACUUCUGCCCUCUGGAGUGCCCGGAGAACAGCCAUUUUGAGGAGUGCAUGACGUGUACGGAGACCUGUGAAACCCUGGCCCUGGGCCCCAUCUGUGUGGAUAGCUGCUCUGAGGGCUGUCAGUGUGACGAGGGCUAUGCCCUGCAGGGCAGCCAGUGUGUUACCCGGAGCGAGUGUGGCUGCAACUUCGAGGGGCACCAACUCGCCACCAAUGAGACCUUCUGGGUGGACCUGGAUUGCCAGAUCUUCUGCUAUUGCAAUGGUACAGACAACAGCGUCCACUGUGAGACCAUCCCCUGCAGGGCUGAUGAGUACUGCACGGAGGAGGGCGGCCUGUACUACUGCCAGGCCCGCACUGAUGCCUCCUGCAUUGUCUCAGGCUAUGGCCACUAUCUGACCUUUGAUGGCUACCCCUUUGACUUCCAGACCAGCUGCCCAUUCAUCCUGUGCACCACAGGAAACAGGCCUAGCUCAGACACUAUCCCCAAGUUCAUCGUCACAGCCAAGAAUGAGGACCGGGACCCAUCGCUGGCCUUGUGGGUCAAGCAGGUGGACGUGACUCUGUUUGGCUACAGCAUUGUGAUUCACCGGGCCUACAAACACACUGUGCUGGUCAACAAUGAACGGCUCUAUCUACCUCUGAAAUUGGGACAAGGUAAAAUAAACAUCUUUUCCUUUGGCUUCCAUGUGGUCGUGGAAACUGAUUUUGGCCUGAAGAUCGUGUAUGACUGGAAGACCUUCCUGUCAAUCACAGUCCCCCGGAGCAUGCAGAAUAGCACCUAUGGCCUAUGUGGCCGCUAUAACGGCAACGCUGACGAUGACCUGGAGAUGCCCAUGGGGCUGCUUGCAUCUAGUGUCAGUGAGUUUGGGCAGAGCUGGGUGAAGAGGGACAUCUUCUGCCAGGUUGGCUGUGGGGACCGCUGUCUUUCCUGUGCCAAGGUUGAAGGGUUCUCCAAGGUCCAGCAGCUGUGUAGCCUGAUCCCCAACCAGAACGCUGGCUUCGCCAAGUGUCACAGCAAAGUCAACCCCACCUUCUUCUACAAGAACUGCCUUUUUGACUCUUGCAUCGAUGCGGGUGCGGUGCAGACUGCCUGUAGCUGGCUACAGAACUACGCCAGCACCUGCCAGACUCAGGGGAUCGCAGUGACCGGCUGGCGGAAUUACACGUCCUGCUCUGUCACCUGCCCUCCCAACAGCCAUUACGAGAGCUGUGUGAGUGUCUGUCAGCCCCGCUGUGCCGCCAUCCGCCUGAAGAGCGACUGCAACCAUUACUGUGUGGAGGGCUGUCAGUGUGACGUGGGCUACGUCCUGAACGGCAAGAGCUGCAUCCUGCCCCACAACUGCGGCUGCUACUCAGACGGCAAAUACUAUGAGCCCAAGCAGCUGUUCUGGAACAGCGACUGCACGCGGCGCUGCCGCUGUUUCCGCCGCAACCUGAUCCAGUGCGACCCGCGCCAGUGCAAGUCGGAGGAGGAGUGCGCCCUGCGCAACGGCGUGCGCGGCUGCUUCAGCACCAAGGCCUCCUACUGCUUGGCGGCCGGCGGCGGCGUCUUCCGCACCUUCGAUGGCGCCUUCCUCCGCUUUCCCGCCAACUGCGCCUUCGUGCUGUCCACCAUCUGCCAGAAACUGCCCGACAUCUCUUUUCAGCUCAUCAUCAACUUCGACAAGUGGUCGUCCCCCAACCUCACCAUCAUUUCUCCCGUCUACUUCUACAUUAACGAGGAGCAGAUCCUCAUCAACGACCGGAACACGGUCAAGGUGAAUGGCACACAAGUGAAUGUGCCUUUUAUAACUGGCUUGGCAACCAAAAUCUACAGCAGCGAGGGGUUUCUGGUGAUUGACACCAGCCCUGACAUCCAGAUCUAUUACAAUGGCUUCAAUGUCAUUAAAAUCAGCAUUAGUGAGAGGCUGCAGAACAAAGUGUGUGGCCUCUGUGGCAACUUCAACGGGGACUUGACUGAUGACUACGUGACCUUGCGGGGGAAGCCAGUGGUGAGCAGCGUGGUGCUGGCCCAGAGCUGGAAAACCAAUGGCAUGCAGAAGAGACCUCUUGUCCCCAGCUGCAACGAGCUGCAGUUUUCGCAGUACGCAGCCAUGUGUGACAAUGUGCACAUCCAGAAGAUGCAGGGUGACGGCUACUGCCUGAAGCUCACGGACAUGAAGGGCUUCUUCCAGCCCUGCUACGGGCUUCUCGACCCACUCCCGUUCUAUGAGUCCUGCUACCUAGACGGCUGCUACAACCUCAAGAAGUUCCAGCUGUGCGGUUCCCUGGCUGCCUAUGGGGAGGCCUGUCGCUCUUUUGGGAUCCUCAGCACUGAGUGGAUUGAGAAGGAGAAUUGCUCAGGAGUGGUUGAAGAUCCCUGUGUGGGGGUGGACUGUCCCAACCGAACCUGUGAGCUGGAGAACGGAGGGGAGCUGUGUGGGUGCAUCGAGCCCCCUCCCUAUGGAAACAACUCACGUGACAUUAUCGAUGUAGAGGUGACCUGCAAGGCAGCCCAGAUGGAAGUGUCCAUAUCUAAGUGCAGACUCUUCCAGCUUGGCUUUGAGAGGGAGGGCGUGAGGAUCAAUGACAGACGGUGCACCGGCAUUGAGGGAGAAGAUUUCAUCUCCUUCCAGAUCAACAACACCAAAGAGAGUUGUGGAAACAUUGUGCAGUCCAAUGGCACUCAUAUCAUCUACAAAAACACAAUCUGGAUUGAAAGCGCGAACAACACUGGCAACAUCAUCACCAGGGACCGGACAAUCAGUGUGGAGUUUUCAUGUGCUUACGAACUGGAUAUCAAGAUCUCCUUAGAUUCUGUUGUGAAACCUAUGCUAAGUGUCAUUAACCUGACAGUUCCAACCCAAGAAGGCAGCUUCACUACCAAGAUGGCGCUCUACAAAAAUGCCUCCUAUAAACAUCCUUACCGCCAGGGGGAAGUAGUUUUGACGACUCGAGAUGUGUUGUAUGUAGGGGUCUUUGUGGUUGGAGCUGACGCUACACAUUUGAUCCUAACGCUGAACAAAUGCUACGCCACCCCUUCCCGUGACCCCAAUGAUAAGCUGCGAUACUUCAUCAUUGAAGGAGGGUGUCAGAAUAUUAAAGAUAACACCAUUGUCAUCGAAGAGAACGGUGUCUCCCUAACCUGUCGUUUUCACGUCACUGUCUUCAAGUUCAUCGGGGAUUAUGAUGAAGUUCACCUUCACUGUGCAGUGUCACUCUGCGACACAGAAAAACAGUCCUGCAAAAUAAGUUGUCCACAAAAUUCCAGGAUUGCCACAGAUUAUAGGAAAGAACCCAAAGAGCAAAUCAUUUCAGUGGGACCUAUUAGGAGGAAAAGGCUGGACUGGUGUGAGGACAACGGAGGCUGUGAGCAGAUCUGUACCAGCCGAGUGGAUGGAGCUCUGUGCAGCUGUGUGACAGGAACUCUGCAGGAGGAUGGCAAGAGCUGCCGAGCCUCUAAUUCUUCCGUUGAACUUCAAGUUUGGAUGAUUCUUCUCAUCAUGACCCAGAUUUCAUUAUGGCAUUUUGUCUAUACAACAGGCAUAACCUCAUAAAUAACUCAAGGUUGCUAUCUAAAGUACUGUAAUUUACUUACUUCAGCUCCCCGUAGGAUAAAAAGUGUGUGCCCUUAAGUCGGAACCUAUUUGAAAGUGUGCAGCACCGCAAAGUGAUGCCACCUGCCUCAAACAGUCAGAGAUCUGGAAAUGGGUGAGAGUCCAUGCUACUCUUUCAAAGUACACAGUUGGGCUUCUAAAAAGCCAGUUGUGAAAAGCGUAUAUCUUGUCUAAAGUUUCCAAACAGUUAUCACUAGGAACUUUGGUUCAUGUGA